AUGGCUGAUCCGGAAUAUGCAAAGUUUGAGCGGCCGGCAUAUGGAGGUACCAUCGACCUGGACAGGCAAUACCGAAGUUUAUCUUUGAGCGACAGAGUAAUCAUGUCACCAGUAUAUGUGCCAAAAGCAAGUCUCAAUAAAGACCCUCCAAUUCGUGAUAUACACGACGAAGACUACUAUAAACGGCAGUUCAACGGAGAUUCGCGAAAUCAUAAUCUGGCGAUAUUUGAUGAGGCUAGAUAUGGAGAAGAUACAUAUGGAGCUAGGACUCUCAGAGAAGAUACAUACGGAGCUAGAGAGAAUUUCUAUGCCACAAAAGGCGUCAUUGAUGUACAGACGGCGCAUGGCAGUUUGCCAAAAUUACCAAGAUUGCCGAAGCCGGAGAGUAUUCCUAAUAUCCCGGAGACUUACUCUGCUACAAGAGGCUUCUCUGAUUUGCAGACGUAUAGCAAUUUGCCGAAACUGCAACAAAUGGGGAGGAUCCCUCGGCUACCUGUGAAAUUAGAAGACAAGACUACAGCCAAAGAGGAACGUGAAAGAACUUCUGAUGAGUUUGGCAGAGUUAACGAUGCUCGCGUUAUUAUCUCGAACCCUCAACUCGGUUAUCAGCGUAUGUUGUUUAUCUUCGCUAAAUAUCCGGCUCUAAUAACGGCUAUGGUUGCGCUGUGGUGUAUAACUGGCCGUGGUCAGGGCAUGAAGAAAACAAAAACGGAAAAUGCAGCUUACUAUAUUUCACUGAUAAUGGCAAUUUUUGUACUGAUUUCGCAACUGCCGGCCAGCAUCCAACAUCACUAUUCGCUCAAAAAGGUCAAAAUACUGAGCUAUUUUUGUCAUGGUUCCAUGGUAUUCACGAGUUUGCUUGCUUUAUUAGUGAUACUAUUUGCUUCGCUCAACUUCACAGAAUACACCGGCAAAGAAGGUAAAAUGACGUGCAAAUACACAGAUCAAUGCUACACUUACACGGAAAGAGUUGCGUAUUUGGGUACGCUUGUUGGAUGCAGUGUUGUGAUAAUAUCUUUUGCCAUCGACACAUUUGUAUAUGGAGGUUUCGGCUUGUCCCAUCUGAGGAGACGAAGAGUGGUGGAGAGGUAACUUCCUUGGCCAACUUCAAUGCACUCGAGACGUUUUCUUCUACAGCAGAUUUUUUUACUGUGUGCUUCGAAUGAAAGUAAAAUAAACCUUGUAUGAGGUUGCAAA